AUGCAACGCCUGGAGGAGGUCCAAGCCCUCUUACAGAGGUGGUACGAAAUUUCUAUGGUAACGUACAAGGCCAACCCCAGCUGCGAGACAACCCGCUGUAACCUGGUCUUGUUCCACGUCAUCUCGCUCAACGGAGUGAGCAGUUUCCCCGAAAUCGAACGCCUGGCACGACGAGAGGGCCUGAAUGGAACCCUCUGGGAGCUCUCCAUGCGCCACAAGCUCUGCAUCUUCAGUCUAGAGGAGGCCGUCUUUCACUGCGGGCAGAUAAUGCGAUUCAUUCGCGCCAUGCCCUCUGAUCGUCGGCCCUGCUGGUGGUCGGCUGCUGUGUAUCGCGCCACCCUGAUUCUGUGGGCGAGCACUGUCACGACGCCGAACCCCACGUUGCAAACAGCGCUGCAGGUGCGGAAUAGCUCGUCCUCUCCCGUGUCAUCAGAUGUGGAUGAGGAGCGGCGACAGGAAAGCACAGCAUCCAAAGACCACAGCUUGGUGGAUGCAAGCGUCGUCAUUGACCAAGUGACACCGGACGAUCCCUGUCUGAUCAGAUAUCUCUGGAGCGGAGGCAAGGGCAUCAUCAUGGUAACCCGUCGAGACGGCCGCACUGUCGGACUUGAGAGUCCAACCGCCAUUCUGAACUACGGCAUUGGUGUCAUUGACGAGGGCUUCACCAGCCGCAUCGGCGACGGCAUCAAGCGCAAGUUGGCGUCACUCAACACGCACUGGAGGGUUGAAUCGCCUGAUGUUCCUGUUGCGCCGGGCAUGCCAUGA